CUCUUCACAGGUUUGUUCCGUGGAAAUGGCGACUGGAAGUGGGUCACUGGUUUGCCGUUAAAAUCAGAAUAUAUUUCCAAGCUUAAACUUAUGGAAGAUAAUAUGUGUGCAGUCGUUGACUCAACAAGGAAUAUCAAAUCAUUCAAUUGCUCAAUUCCAAUGCCAUAUGCUUGUGAAAUUCAGAGAAACACAGAAUGUUUCAAGGAAAAUAACGCACAAGACUACAGUGGUAAGCUGAGUAUGUCAGCGAAAGGCCGCCAGUGUAAUACGUGGAAUGAGACGCAAUACUCCCGUCGCCACAACUACUGCCGAUAUACACCUGGCCGGGAGCAACCGUGGUGUUUCGUAGACCAUGGAUCAUCAACCACAUGGGAACUUUGUUAUGUAGGAGAACCACAGAAAUUCUGCGAAAAAGGCAGUGUGAGUAUUGGGACCUGCAAUGUUGGUCAGUGUCCGGUUGGCUCCAUCUGCCACCCCGUCUCGCAUGAGUGUAUAUGUCCACAUGGAUACGAAGGACUACACUGUGGUCGGCUGUGUGCUAACAAGAGAUGGGGAUAUAAAUGUUCCCGGGAAUGCCCUUGUGGGGGAGACGCUGGAAACUGUGACCCGGUCACGGGAACUGCACGAUGUAACGUUACUUCAUGUUUGGUAGAUCAGUCGAAUACAUGUACUCAAGCUAAUUGUGGCAUGCUGUGUUUGGAAUAUCUCGGGUGUCAAUGUGAUGUUGUCGGGGAGUGCAUUUGCCCAG